GAAAGGUGUUAAGGCCCUCUUUUUGUUUAAGCGAUGCUCUUAAAUAGGCUCCAAUCAUCUGGUACCUAUUAAUAAAAAUCUUUAUAAUUUACCUACCCAGUUUGCCCACUCCUAGCGCCGACGAAGCUUGAUAUACGUCAAGAUCCUUAUGUAACAUUGUUAAUCUGCGGCUAGUCAUGCCUGUCUUCUCAGUUUACUGCACUGCCGAGAUGCCAAUUCCAGUAGUAGAAAAGUUCCUUCGCGAUGCACUUGCUGGAAGCAAUGACUUGGCCCCAAAUAGCGAUCCUUGUCUCGCCAUUAUUACAAUGGCAGAUGACGUGCCCUCUGGGGCAUCAAAGCCACCAUUGCAACCAUUUACCUCCCCAUUUUUAGGACAGUCUAUAGAAGAUAUAUCUCGUCAACUGAAUGGGGCUACAUACUUCGCUAUCCUAGACGAGCGAUCCGCGCAGGAUGAAACGGUGAUCCUGGGUGAGCAUAGAGACGGUAAAGUUGAGACCGUUCGAGUCACCUUCUACUCGGCUCAGUCUCUACUCACUUCAUUCUACAUCGGUACUUUAGGUUUCUCUGAAAUCCAACACAUUGCGGCUAAAGAAGGAGGUGUUUAUAAACAGGAGAAGCCCGAGGGUAGGAGGAAGGGCGGGUCGGCUCCCCGGAAAAUGCUUUCGUCUCGUUGAUGGGGAUAAGAAGCGAAUAGGAUUUCUCCAUGCUGUGUUUGGGAUAGGAGGGAUUGCUGCUUACUUGGGAAUGCUAUUGCAGGAGCCGAAGUGUAUUAUCACUACAUUUGAACUAACCUAAGCUACCCAUUUCCUAUAUUCUAAAUAAGAUAGGAAUUAUUUCAU